ACGCCGGGGGCCAACGAGAAUGUCUAUAACUUUCUCCAUAUUUACCCAAAAUGAGCGGGGAGGUGUGCAGCACCAUUACUACUUUUUCAAUGAACGACACCGUUCUUUUAGGGCAUUGAAAAGCUGAGUCAUAGCGAAUGGGGCAGAAGAAGCUGUCAACAUCGGAUCCCGGCAAUGAAACGAAGAAGAGGCGGCGAGUCGGCUUCUCCGCUGUUGAUGCUGGAGUUGAAGCCAAAGAGUGCAUAAAAAUCUUUUUAGUUUCAAGCAAAGAGAAAUUUAGCACUUCAGAGAACUUUGUCAUUGACCCUGUGGACUUGAAUGGCUUUUUUGAUGAUGAUGGGAAAAUCUAUGGUUAUGAAGAUUUGAAGAUUACUGUCUGGGUUAGCAGCCUGUCUUUUCAUGCCUAUGCUGACAUUAAGUUCCAGAGUUCAUCUGAUAGAGGCAAAGGAAUCACAGAUCUGAAAUCUGCUCUUCAGAGAAUUUUUGCUGAGACUCUUGUUGAGAGCAAAGAUGAAUUUCUGCAAACAUUUUUGGUGGAUAAAGAUUUUAUUAGGACAACCAUCUCAAAUGCGGAGGUUUUAAAGCACAAAGCUUUAAAUGGGCAUGUUAGUUAUUCUAAUAGUGAUGCUGAAGCGGCUGCUUUGGAUUCUGAGGUUGUCCGUAUGGUUGCAGGCAACAUGGCUACUGGGCACCUUUACAGUCGCCUAAUACCCCUUGUUCUCCUUCUUGUUGAUGGUAGUAGUCCUAUCGACGUCACUGAUCCCAGAUGGGAGCUGUAUCUCCUGAUUCAGAGGAAAAGUGAUCAGCAAGGAGAGACCCAAUGUAGGCUUAUUGGUUUCACUGCUGUUUAUCGAUUUUUCCACUACCCUGAUGGUUAUCGAUUGCGUCUAAGUCAGAUACUUGUAUUGCCUCCUUACCAGCACAAGGGUUAUGGUCGGUCCCUUCUCGAGGCGCUAAAUAAUGUUGCUAUAUCUGAAAAUGUUUUUGAUUUAACUGUAGAAGAGCCAUUAGAUCACUUCCAACAUGUUCGCACUUGUGUCGACACGAUUCGCUUGCUUCAUUUUGACCCAAUCCAGCAUACAGUUUCUUCCGCUGUUUCAUUUCUAAAGCAAGGAAGAUUAUCAAAGAAAGUGCACUCUCUUCGACUCUUACCAUCCCCAAGUGCUAUUGAGGAUGUUAGGAGAAGCCUGAAGAUUAACAAGAAGCAAUUUCUCCAGUGUUGGGAGGUGUUAAUCUAUCUUGGCCUCGACAAACACACGGAAGACUUCUCGAGCAUUGUUUCAAGCCGUGUCAAGUAUGAUAUCCUGGGGAAAGAUCCAGGGACUUCUGGGAAGCAACUUGUUGAAGUACCAAGCGAAUACGAUCCAGAGAUGUCUUUUGUCAUGUUCAGAUCAGAGGCAAACGAAUCUAGUGCUGUGCAGAUGGAUGAUGAGAAUCAGAGAAAUCAGCAAGCGCAACUCCAGAAGUUGGUACAGGAGAGGUUGGAUGAGAUCAAGUUGAUUGCUGACAAGGUAACUCUGUUUCGUGUAAAGUGUUAGGUUUCCUAAACAUGCAACUACUUUCAUUCCGUAUUCUUAGGUAGGGGAGCAAGCAUCAUGGUUCGAUGAGUUUCACUUUCUUUGUAUCGUUGUAAUUUCGAAGAAGGCAUGCAAGUUGAGAUUCUUAGGUAGUGGCCUGCUUGCAACAGGAUAUUAUGCCUUAGAUAUUUAGACUUUUGGCACCCCAAGGGACCAUAGCGAUCCUUUGAUAUGACAUUGAUUAUACUUCAGUGGGUUGUAUUUCAUUGCCUAAUACUA